CCCAAAGAGGAUAUGCACGAGGAGCUAAACUGUAUCCAACCUGAAUCACAACUUUUCCCCGUUCAGGGCUAAAGUCCUGCGCUCGUGUAUGAAAUCACAUGGCAUUUUAAGAAUGCUUCAAAGAUGGCGGUAGCGUCGGCGCUUUGUGCUAACAGAGUGCAGAAAAGCGCGUGUCUGGAGGUGCUGGUGCGCGAGCGAUGGCACGCGGUGUUCGCAAGUUUAAGCGACGAGUCGCUGACGCUCAGCUGCGAGGGGUCCGCGGGUGAACCCGCCGUUAACGGCAUCAGCACUAACGGCUCCUACGAUCACCCGGACCCCACGAGCAGUCCCAAAACCGGACUCAGGACUCCUCACGGGGAUACACAAGUGCCCGAAGCGAUCGCCAACCGCAAAAGAUGCGUCAAAGUGAUCAAGCAAGAGGUCGGGGGGUUAGGGAUCAGCAUCAAAGGUGGGAAGGAGAACAAGAUGCCCAUUCUCAUUAGUAAAAUCUUCAAAGGUCUGGCAGCUGAUCAGACUCAAGCGCUUUACGUCGGCGACGCGAUUCUGUCCGUGAACGCGAUCAAUCUGCGCGACGCAACGCACGACGAGGCGGUUCAGGUGCUGAAGAAAGCGGGCAGAGAGGUUGUGCUGGAAGUGAAGUACAUGCGGGAAGCCACCCCAUAUGUGAAAAAAGGGUCACCGGUAUCUGAGAUUGGCUGGGAGACCCCUCCACCCGAGUCUCCACGUCUCGGCAGCCCUCAUUCUGAUAUCCCCAGCCCUCUCUCGCUAUCAUUACAGGGCGACCGCAGAUACAUCCCGCUCAAAAUGUGCUACAUCACCCGCAGCAUGACUGUCCCAGACCCAGAAAACAGACAGUUGGAGCUGCACUCCCCAGACGCUAAACACACAAUAGUCAUGCGGUAUAAAGACACAGGUACAGCCCAGACCUGGUUCACCCUGAUGCAGUCCACUAUCACAAACCUCACCAGCAAAGUCAUCGCAGAACUCAGAGAACCCGGCGUCGCUGGGAGCCGUGAGAUCCGAUACCUCGGUUGGCUGGCGGAAAAGUCUGAAAGCGACAGGCAGCACUGGAAGCAGGUGCUGGUGGUUUUGACAGAGAAAGACCUGCUGCUGUUUGACAGUAUGCCCCGCAUGAGAGAGCACUGGCUCAGCCCCGCACACGCCUACCCUCUCCUCGCUACACGGCUGGUGCACUCUGGCCCUGAUAAGGGUUCACCACAGCCUGGCGGUGAGUUGUGCUUCGCCACACGAACCGGAACCAGACUUGGUAUCGAAGCCCACGUCUUUAGAGCGGAGACCUGCAAGGAUCUGUCAAUCUGGACCAGGCACAUAGUCACUGGCUGCCAUGGAUCUGCUGAGAUGAUCAAAGAGGUCACCACCAGUUGUCUAUAUCAGAAUCAGGACUGUCGGCUGGUCAUUCACUAUGAGCGAGGGUUCUCGGUGAUAGCAGAUGGAGAUGAAAGCUGUCAGCCACUGUUUAGCUACCCAUUUGAAAAGCUGAAGAUGUCUGCCGACGAUGGCGUGCGAAUCCUUUACUUAGAUUUCGGAGGAAAGGAGGGGGAAAUCCAGCUGGACCUGCACUCCUGUCCCAAACCUAUUGUCUUUAUCCUCCACUCCUUCCUGUCGGCCAAGAUUGCGAGACUAGGAUUGGUAGCCUGAUAUCAAACUCUUCUAGUCCGAAACAACGAUGUGAUUAUCCCAGCAUGGAGAUCGGAGAAUUGGGACACGGUGGAGCUCACACGACUAAAGGGGGAAAUGACACUUUAGUGAAUGAUUUGAAUUAUAUAUUUCAGUAAUGAUAAACUAUGUAUUUUUCAGAUAAAUAAUAUAGUGAAACGGUUUCACUGAUUUUGUAAAAGCGAAUCAAACUCUUAUGAACACUAACUUGCGAUUGGAACUAAAAAAUACUGAAAGUAUUAUUUUAGAAUCCAAUACAGUACAUGCUACAAUACAAACAAAGCAUUCAGCACUUACUACAACACCAUUAAUGUAAUGUUAAAAAGGAAGGAACCUGGUUGUGUCUGGCAGCUAAUGUGGAUUAAAGAAAGUCUAGUUUUAAAUCUUAUUAAUGCACAUAAAUGUUAAACAGCCCGAAAAUGCUCUUCUCAUGUUUGUUUCCGGUGCCUUCACACUAGGGAUUUGAUGCACUCAUCUGGUCAGCACAGAAAUGUCAACACACUGUCUGGUUUUACAGGGCCGUCGUGUCAAAACAAGGAAAUUGAGACAGAAGUUUUGAUGACCUACAAAAUCUGCAGUCCUCUAUAUAAACAUCUGAAAUUUAAUGCAAAGUUAUGGAAGUGAUGAAAUCUGUAGUAAUACUGCCACAUUUGUCUAGUUUUUAUAUUUAUCAGAGCAAACUCCAUUCCUGCAUGAUUUCAUGUACAUGCAUACCAGUGCGUCUAUUGUUAAGAUUUCCACUUCAUGUCACACACACAAGCCAUUAAAAGAUUUUCAUUGUCA